GCGCAGGAUUCGAAACGGACAACGGAAAUGCGCCGAAGUCAUGCACCGAGCUAUUUAGCCAAGCGCAGGGCUGCACCUGUCAUGGGGUCGAAGGCACGACCUCCCAAAUCCCCAAACACUGGUGAAGAGCGUCAGGACGCCGAAAAGGAGAACGGCGCAACCCCACCGGAGGAUGACCAUGAGGUGAGAAUCAAGCGGCUGCUGCAGCGACCCUUCAAAGUGCCAAUCCCCGGAUAUCAAGGGUCCUCCAGUGGCCGCGUUGGCCUGGGUGUUCGUCGCCCCACCGUGCGGAAGGCACUGCACGACCCAGAGGCUGACGGGGCCGUUGUCUUGUACACGCCCCCAGAGCUCACUGCAGAGCAAGCCACCAAAACCUUUGGCGAGAAGCGGCCCGUUCACGUGGUUGUUGAUCCCAUUCUUGGCACAAAGCUGCGGCCGCAUCAAGUGGAGGGCGUGCAGUUCUUGUGGAACGCAGUCACAGGCGUCAACAUCGAAGGCUUCAACGGCUGUAUUAUGGCCGAUGAAAUGGGUUUGGGCAAGACGUUUCAAUGCGUGACACUCGUCUGGACAUUGCUGACACAGAGCCCCGACUGCCGGCCAACGACAAACAAGGCGAUUAUCGUGUGCCCGAGCAGCCUGGUGAAGAACUGGUACAACGAGUUUGGCAAGUGGCUUGGCAAUCGCAUCUCCCCGCUCGCCGUCGACUCUGGCCGCGACGACAUGAAGCGCCAAAUGGAGCGGUUUGUGAGCGCCACCGGCCGCGUGCAGCACCCGGUGCUUAUCCUCUCGUACGAGGCGCUGCGCCUCAACGCCGACAUCCUCUGCGUCAAACCAAUCGGCAUUGUCAUCUGUGAUGAGGGCCAUCGCCUGAAGAACAGCCAGAGUCAGACCUACAAGUCCCUCAUGCAACUCAAGACAGCACGUCGCAUCAUCCUCUCAGGCACACCGAUCCAGAAUGAGCUGCUGGAGUACUACGCGCUGGUGGAGUUUUGCAAUCCCGGCCUUCUCGGGAGUGCGGGCGAGUUCAGGAAACGAUUUGAGAACCCCAUUCUCCGCAGCCGUGACUCCCUCGCCACAGACAAGGAGCUUGAGAUUGGCGCGCAGCGGCUGGCAGAGAUGACGGAGAUUGUGAACCGGUGCGUGAUCCGGCGCACAAACGACAUCCUGUCCAAAUACCUGCCGCCCAAGAUUGAGCAGGUGGUGUGCUGCCGCCCAACGAACCUGCAGAUGGAGAUGUACAAGGCGAUGCUUGGAGCAAAGAUGAAGCGCAAGGACGGCACCGUCACGGGCUCCUCUCUCGCCUUUAUCACAGAACUCAAGAAACUCUGCAACCACCCACAGCUCCUUCACGACAAGAUUGCCGGUAAAGGCAAGACAAAGGACAAGGCGUUUGGUGCCCUGGACCCGUUCUUGCCACAACUCAAGCCGUCCAUGCAACGCCUGCAGCCACAGCUCUCAGGCAAACUUGCUGUCCUGGACUGUUUGCUGGCCACCAUCAAGAUGCAAACCACCGACAAAAUCGUCCUCGUCUCAAACUACACGCAGACGCUUGAGCUGUUUACGACGCUGUGUGCACUGCGCGGCUACCAGUAUGUGCGGCUGGACGGCAGCAUGACCAUCAAGCGCCGGCAGAAGAUUGUGGACCGCUUCAACGACCCCACCUCCUCCGACUUCAUCUUCAUGCUCAGCUCCAAGGCCGGCGGGUGUGGGCUCAACCUCAUUGGCGCGAACCGCCUGGUCAUGUUUGAUCCGGAUUGGAACCCGGCCAACGACGAGCAGGCAAUGGCCCGCGUCUGGCGCGACGGGCAGACCAAGCUCUGCUUCGUCUACCGUUUUGUCACCACAGGAACGAUUGAGGAGAAGAUCUUGCAGCGACAGGCGCACAAGAAAGCCCUGAGCCAAUGUGUUGUCGACGAUGGCCUGGACGUGGAGCGCCACUUCUCCAAGAACGACUUGCGGGAGUUGUUUGUGCUGGACGACAAAUGCACCAGCAGCACACACAUGCAGUUCAAGUGCCGCCGCUGCUCAAAGGACGGCACGUACUCGCUCAUUCCGCCAACGGGUGAAGUCAAGGGCAUUCCACAGGAUUUGGCAGAGUGGGACCACUACCCACUCGGCAAAAACAUCAAGGACAAAGUGCUGGCAGCAGCAGCAGGCAAGACGGUCUCGUUUGUCUUCAGAGCACAAUCGCACGAAGGAUUUGUGGACCCGAAAGCGCUCAAGAAGAAAACACCAGAAAAGUCCGAUGCUGAGGACGAUGACGAGGAUGAUGACGAGAAAAAGUGAACUGAAGCACUGAAAUGUAUGAGCAGUGGCACCAAGCUUCCUUCUAUACUCUCGCAAAACACGUGCUUUGAUGGCUAAAUGAUUGCUUGACUAACUUGGCGUGUUCGUGCUGUGCUGUUGUGGCAUGGCGUUGUGGUUGUUUCCGGCUCAUAAGUAAUGGAUGAUUUGGUGGAAUACGGGGGUUUGAUGUCAGUUUGCGUGGACGUCACGUGUACUUCACUGCAACUCGGCAAUCAGAUACAUCCACAAACCACCCGAAGCGCAUCAGCCUUCCACGCACACAACAUGAAUAUUGCAAUCCAAUGAAUCCUACACAGGCA